AUGGUAUGCUUCAGAGGUUUGGCUCUGGUAGGAGUUCCAGAAAAAGAAAUCACCGUCGUAUCCAUACUUCUUCAGGGUUCUUCUCACACUGAGCUUAAUGUAUCAGGGGUUGAAGUGGGUGUUGCGCCGUUGGAUAAGGAAGAAACGAGGCUUGGUAGCGUAAAAGCAAGCUUGGAAGAGACAGAGAUUAGAGUGCACCACCGUCCGUACAUGUGCACCAAGCGGAGAGGCAGGGUGUCCAACGGUUAAGCAUUUUGAAAAGUUACUCGAAAAGGAAGAAAAAACAGGGUUGGUGAGAAUGCAGGUAAUGGCAGGGGAAGUCAACUUUCUAAAGAAGGAAACACCCGGUGGGUAAUAGGGAAACCCAAGGAGGGAGGCAGAGGGAAGGUGACGUGCCCAUGAGAUUCAUUGGGAGUCGGGGCAGAGAGAAAAGAGAUUUUAGAGAGAGGAAGCUGUUUUUAAAUAUCAUUUGAUAUAGGUGAUGAAAGCUUGAGUAUUGUGUAGCUAUUUAAACGUGGGGACUUUUUGGCCAUUUUCUCGAAUAUACAAAAUUCUAUUAUAUCUUAGUUAAAGUUAUAGUAACAA